AUGGCCACCAUCCACGACAAUGACGAGCUUCUCCUGGCCCGCAUUGGCUACAAACAGGAAUUGAAACGGGAAUUCUCCAAAUGGUCCACCGUGUCCUAUGCCAUUUCCAUCUUGGGCAUAUUAGGUUCAGUCCCCGCCACGUUCGGUGCUCCCCUGGCUGCAGGGGGACCAGCCACAGCAGUGUGGUGUUGGUUCGUGGGAUCCUGCAUGGCCUUGUGCAUCGGAAGCUCAGUAGCGGAGCUGGUCUCUGCGUAUCCUACGGCUGGGGGCAUGUACUUUGUCACCAAGCAUGUGGUCCCGGACGAGCAUGCGCCCAUCUUCUCCUGGGUACAGGGAUGGUGUAAUCUUCUCGGGCAGACUGCAGGUGUGUCGAGCGUCGCCUAUACGGUCAGUCAAAUGUUGCUUGCUUGCGCCAGCAUGAACUCGGAGCUCGUGGAUGGAAAAUACUCGUACACACCAUCUGCGUCGGAUACAGUGCUCUUGUCAGUGAUAUUGCUUUGCGUGUUGGGUGUGAUCUGCUCUAUGACGACGAAAGCGUUGCAUCGGAUAAUCCUUUGGUUUGCCCCAAUCAACACCAUAAGCAUUGAACGUACUGACCAGACAGUCGCUGCGACCUUUUGUAUCUGCUUCGUGCUGUUAUGGUUUACCCCCGACAAGCAGCCAGCUACAUGGGUCUUCACCCGCUUCACUGAUGGAUCGGGAUGGGGAUCCAAGGUAUUCUCAUUUUUGCUGGGGUUUAUUUCAGUUGCAUGGACAAUGACAGACUACGAUGGAACCACACACAUGUCCGAAGAAACCCACAACGCAGCCGCUCUAGGCCCCAUGGCCAUCCAGUCUGCCGUCAUCGUGUCUGGAAUCCUUGGCUGGAUCUUGACUGUGUCCCUGUGCUUUUGUCUUACCGACUUUGAGGGUAUCCUGAACACACCAACAGGCCUUCCAGCUGCUCAGAUCUUCCUAAACGCUGGGGGUAAGCUAGGCGGUUCAACCAUGUGGGGGUUAGCAAUUCUCGUUCAAUUCUUCACCGGCUGUUCCGCCAUGCUGGCCGAUACCCGAAUGGCCUACGCCUUUGCUCGUGACGAAGCCCUGCCAUUUUCUUCCUUCCUCUCUCAAAUCAACCCCUACACCCAAACCCCCGUCAACGCUGUCUGGUUCGUCGUCCUCUUCAGCAUCUGCCUGAAUUGCAUUGCCAUCGGCUCGACUCAAACCGCCACCGCCAUCUUCAGCAUCACCGCACCCGCAUUGGACCUAUCCUACGUGUCUGUGAUACUAGCGCACCAGAUCUACCGAAAACAAGUCAAGUUUAUUGAAGGACCAUUCACCCUGGGACGAUGGGGACCUUAUAUCAACUGGAUCUCGGUGCUGUGGGUGUUGUUUAUCAGUUCGGUGCUGUUCUUCCCGCCAACGGUGCCAGUGACAGUUUCCAACAUGAACUACGGCAUCUGCGUCGGGACCUUCAUCGCCGGCUUCGCAUUAAUCUGGUGGUGGGUUGCUGCGAGGGGAAGAUACACCGGCCCCCGAACAACAGACGACAUCCAACCCGUUCCAACCGAGGAACCAGGUACCGGUUACGGAACCAUGGAGUGA